AUGUCACGGUCAGUUACUCCAUCUAGCACCAAUCAAGGUUCUAACAAUAAGAAAUCCGCACGCACUAUUUCCUCUAAGAAUCACCUUUACUCCGGAAUGGAUGGUGUCAACGAAUCCGUCGCGCAGCCCUUGAUGGAUGGAGCUGCACGAAACAAAAAGGAGGCAAAGGAGGCGGAUCUGAAAUCGCUGGUAGCGUCAGUUCGAAUGCAGAUGACAUCUUCUACCUUCUUUGGGGAAACAUACUGGAAUCCUCGAUUGCAUCCGCAGAAGACGGAUAACGUGAUUACUGACAAGGACGUAGUGUGCAACAAUGCCGCUUCGACUGACUCCUGUUGUCUAGGGAACGGAUGCUACCUUGACAUGAUUAAGGAGAACUCUCGAAAGAUCUUCGCUCUGUACGUGGAGAAAGCCCGCAAGAAGGCUCGUGUGGCCAAUAAUUGUGGCCAGAAGCCGGUGAAGGAUCUUGAGCUUGUAAAACAACUGUUCUCAAAAUUGAUUGUGAAGCGCGUCCGCGAUCGAGGGGGGCGAUUUCUUAUCCUUCAGACAGUGGGCGACAAACACGAAUUCGCAGCAGGGCGCAAUGGUGACUGGAUUGAGAUCGCCGACAUUGACGCUAUCAACAAAGCAAAGAACGACCUGACGGCGGCUAUGGAGCAAGAAGACGAUUGGGAAUCACACAAGAACGUUGCCGAGCUAACAAUUGAACCGAACGAAGAAGAAGAAGAAGAAGAAGAAGAAGAAAGAGAUGACUGUCACCACCACGGAGAAACUAGUGGGGGACCAAAUUGGGAAACUUCAGGAGAUUGA